AACCCCCGAGAUCAAUGCGGUUUCGACCAUAACUCCCACUCUCUUCUAACACUCACGAGCAUAGCCAUUCUGUAGAUUCUUAGUAUGGCAGGUGGUAGGGGCAAGGCCGCACAGGCAAAGCGAGGUUCGACGGCGGAAGCUUCCCAACCAGAGCUAGUCAGUGGUGGUGACCGUGACCUCCUGGUGCUGGAAGUGGUGGGGGGUCCUUGCUGCCCGUCCACCAUUGCUGUAACUGCGAACAGCUCUAGAGUGGGACGACUGAAGACUUGCCAGAUUCCGCUGAAGGAAGACUCUGUUUCUGAGAAACACGCGUGUGUGUCGUGGGACGCUAUUGAUAGGAGUUGGCGCGUGGUCGAUCUAGGGAGCUCAAACGGAACGUCACUCAACGGCAUCCAUCUGCCAGAAGGUCGCGAACGCCCUCUGUCCGAUGGAGAUGAGCUUCGGUUCGGCCCAGCUACCAUCGUCCGCGUACACAUAAGGCCGUCUCCGCCUUGCAAAUUCACCAUGCGUGACGUGCUGCGACAACAACAGCAGUGGCGGCUUUGCCGUCUAGAGGAGGAAGCAGCUACUAAAGAGCAGCAGAUGCGGCAAGAUGUGGCAACGCUGAAAGCCAGAUUGGCGUAGAAGCUGUUCUGAAGUGUUUUAUUGUCCUACGAAGAGUGUAAGGCCACUCCUGGUAUUUGAGGUUCAGAGAAGAUACACAGGUAGAAGCUGUACAUUGUAGGUGGAUAAUGUGUUCCUGCAAGGUUGAUCAUAUUGACAUGGUUUCAAUUAGUUUGCUUGUAUGAGGCGUUUGUUUGCUUAUUU